CGCUCUGUGGCCCUAUGAUCCAACCCCCCUCUCUCCCCAGCUCUUCCCUUGCAACCCUUACCCCCUUGCCCCACGUUCAGAACCCGUCUCUCUCGCCACACGACGACACGACAGCUUAGCCCAGCCCAACCCAGCCCAGCCAUGCCUUUCAUCGAGAUCACCACCAACCUGAAACAAGAGACCUUCACGGAGUCUCUGCUCAAGAAGUUCGCUGCGGAGGCGGCCGCCGCGCUCAGCAAACCGCCCGAGAGGAUCAACAUCACGGUGCAUGCGGGGCAGCUCCUGUACCAGGCCCUCUCAAGCGCCCCGUGCGUACACGUCAAGGUGUCAGCCAUCGCGGUGGUGGGCACAGCGGAACAAAACCGUGAUCACAGCGCCCGCCUCACAGAGUUCCUCUCCACCGAGCUGGGCCUCCCCAAGGACCGGAUCCUUCUGACGUUUUACCCGGUGGAGAGCUGGCAGGUGGGCAAGAUGGGUACCGUCAUGACCUUCCUGUGAAACUCUGCACACGACUCGCCUAGCUCGGAGAACCCGCUGCUGAUUGUGCGUGCAUGAAUGAACCAGAUGUCACAUUGUUGCACAAAAUGAUACGUAGUUAUGUGGAAAAACAAAACUCUAUCCGACUUGUAAAAGUGCUUUAACAUUAUUCCUUCCUCGACUUGCACCUGUUCACUCUCUACCUAGUCUUUAUUGUAACUGCGAGUCUCAAAUGUUGCAUUUCCCUGCUAUCGGUAGCUUGGAGUUGGCGAUAAAAUUCCAGAUAUGUUUCAUUCAGCAUAAACUGUGUUGUUUGUGGGAUCAUGUUUUUGAAGCACAACCCCCAGCUCUGAUCUUUGGACCGUAGCAAAUAUGCUUAAAUCACUCAACUGACUCACAUCUGAUUCUGCUUGCUUGCUUGGCAAACUCACUGGUGUAUUUAUCUGGAGACAAGUAUAGGUCAGUGGUUGGUUUAUAAAAACACAUUUUGAAUGUUUAUAUUAUCUUCUAUUCAGUUAAGAAGCUAAGGGACAAUUUACAUGAUGUUGUUUUGUUUAGCUGACCACAGGACCGGUCACACAAUUUGAGGCCUUCCUGUGCCCUGGCCAGACAGCAUUUAUCAAAAAUCAACACAUUCUUCAAUGCUAUUUUAACAAAAGUAAAUUAUUGCAAUUCCGCCGUGAUUCAUUAUCAGGAUUUGGGUUAUAACAGAUCCACACUGAGCUGCUUCUGGAAAUAAAAUGAAUGGAUUUAAAUAAAACAUUAUUAGCAAAAACUGGAACGAAAGAGCACCAUUUAUCGUAAUUUGAUUUAAUAAUGCUCUUUGUGCAUGAAAGCAUAAUUAAAAGGGUUUGAUCUCUCUAACGGGUGCUGCUGGUCCACAGGUUGUGAUCAAGCAGAUGUCUAUGUUGACCAAUAUUAAAUAUAGAAAUCCAAUUAUAACGGUGGAAAAAUCUUACUAUGAAAGUCAUGGAAAUGUAAUUGAAAGUAUUUAUAAUUAGAAACAAAAAACAGGAUUGAAAAUGAGUUGUACCCAGUAAAGCCUCACGAAGCCUUCAUGACAAUAACUAAUGCAGUAACAUUUCAAAAAAAUACAAAGUAAAAACGCUGCAGUUACUGGUGAUGUUGCCUUGAUGUCUGAGAACAGUAGUACAUAAUAAAUAAACUGAUGCUGAUGUGCCUUGCUACACAAGGAUAAGUGCACGCGAUGAUUGGCACUUGUUUAUAUAUCUCGGAAUUGCAUUCUUCAUUGUUGUGCUUUAGUCUUCUUAAUGUUGACAUCUGCAUAAAAAUGAUCUUUGAAAUAAAUGUAAUUUGAACACA